ACCAGGAACCAGGUCGCGAGUGACUCUCACCAAGUGUUGCUACGGAAAGAUGCCAGUCCGCAGGGGCCACGUCGCUCCCCAAAACACUUACCUGGACACCAUCAUCCGCAAGUUUGAGGGCCAGAGUCGCAAGUUCCUCAUCGCCAAUGCACAGAUGGAGAACUGUGCCAUCAUUUAUUGCAAUGACGGUUUCUGCGAGCUCUUUGGCUACUCCCGGGUGGAGGUGAUGCAGCGACCCUGCACCUGUGACUUCCUCACAGGCCCUAACACUCCAAGCAGUGCUGUGUCUCGCUUGGCACAGGCCCUGCUUGGGGCUGAAGAGUGCAAAGUGGACAUCCUCUACUACCGCAAGGAUGCCUCCAGCUUUCGCUGCCUGGUCGAUGUGGUACCUGUGAAGAAUGAGGACGGGGCUGUCAUCAUGUUUAUCCUCAAUUUUGAGGACCUGGCCCAGCUCCUGGCCAAGAGCAGCAGCCGAAGCCUGACCCAGCGUCUGUGGUCACACAGCUUCCUAGGCUCUGAGGGCUCUCACAGCAGACCGAGUGGACAGGGGCCUGGCCCAGGCAGGGGCAAAUACAGAACUGUCAGCCAGAUCCCGCAGUUUACACUCAACUUCGUGGAGUUCAACCUGGAGAAACACCGCUCGGGCUCCACCACAGAGAUCGAGAUCAUUGCUCCCCACAAGGUGGUGGAGCGGACGCAGAAUGUCACUGAAAAGGUCACCCAGGUCCUGUCCCUGGGUGCAGAUGUACUGCCAGAGUAUAAACUACAGGCGCCGCGCAUUCACCGAGGUACCAUCCUACACUACAGCCCCUUCAAGGCUGUGUGGGACUGGCUUAUCUUGCUUCUGGUCAUCUAUACAGCGGUCUUCACUCCCUACUCAGCUGCCUUUCUGCUCAGCGACCAGGACGAAUCACAGCGUGGUACCUGUGGCUAUACCUGUAGCCCCCUCACUGUGGUGGACCUCAUCGUGGACAUUAUGUUUGUCGUGGAUAUUGUCAUCAACUUCCGAACCACCUAUGUCAACACCAAUGACGAGGUGGUCAGCCACCCCCGACGGAUCGCUGUGCACUACUUCAAGGGCUGGUUCCUCAUCGACAUGGUGGCUGCCAUCCCUUUUGACCUGCUUAUCUUCCGCAGUGGCUCAGAUGAGACCACCACCUUGAUCGGGUUACUGAAGACCGCACGCCUCCUUCGGCUGGUGCGCGUGGCUCGGAAGCUCGACCGGUACUCUGAGUAUGGCGCCGCGGUCCUUUUCCUACUCAUGUGCACCUUUGCGCUCAUCGCGCACUGGCUGGCCUGCAUCUGGUACGCCAUCGGCAACGUGGAACGACCCUACUUGGAGCCCAAGAUCGGCUGGCUGGACAGCUUGGGUGCACAGCUCGGCAAGCACUACAACGGCAGUGACCCAGCCUCGGGACCCUCUGUACAGGACAAGUAUGUCACGGCCCUCUAUUUCACCUUCAGCAGCCUCACCAGUGUGGGCUUCGGCAACGUGUCGCCCAACACCAACUCGGAGAAGGUCUUCUCUAUCUGCGUCAUGCUCAUUGGCUCCCUUAUGUACGCCAGCAUCUUCGGCAACGUGUCUGCCAUCAUCCAGCGCCUGUACUCGGGCACUGCGCGCUACCACACGCAGAUGCUGCGUGUCAAGGAGUUCAUUCGCUUCCACCAGAUCCCCAACCCGCUCCGGCAGCGCCUGGAAGAGUAUUUCCAGCAUGCCUGGUCCUAUACAAACGGCAUCGACAUGAAUGCGGUCCUGAAGGGCUUCCCCGAGUGCCUGCAGGCCGACAUCUGCCUGCAUCUGCACCGUGCGCUGCUGCAGCACUGCCCCGCCUUCCACGGUGCCAGCAAGGGGUGCCUGCGAGCCCUGGCGGUCAAGUUCAAGACCACGCAUGCGCCGCCUGGGGACACGCUGGUGCACCUGGGCGACGUGCUCUCCACGCUCUACUUCAUCUCCCGAGGCUCCAUCGAGAUCCUGCGCGAUGAUGUGGUCGUGGCCAUUCUAGGGAAGAAUGACAUCUUUGGAGAGCCCGUCAGUCUCCAUGCCAGGCCAGGCAAAUCUAGUGCCGAUGUGCGUGCCCUGACCUACUGUGACCUGCAUAAGAUCCAUCGAGCAGACCUGCUGGAGGUGCUCGACAUGUACCCUGCCUUUGCAGACACCUUCUGGAGUAAGCUGGAGGUCACCUUCAACCUGCGGGACGCAGAUGGGGGUCCCCAGUCAUCACCCCAACAGGCCCCAGGCAACCAAGACCCCCAAGGCUUCUUCCUCAGUGGCAGCCAGUCAGGUGCAGCCCCUUCCCUGAGCAUCUCGGAUGCAUCCGGACUUUGGCCUGAAUUGAUACAGCAAAUGCCCCCAAGUCCUCCAAACCCACAGCAGGACCUGGAGUGCUGGCCUCGGGAGCUAGGCUCUAAAUUAGAGCAGCUCCAGGCCCAGAUGAGCAGACUGGAAUCCCGCAUGUCCUCAGACCUCAGCCGCAUCCUGCAGAUACUUCAGCAGCCACAGGGCCACACCAGCUACACUCUGGGAGCCCCUGCCUCCAGUGACCUGGCCUUGUUUCCUGAUAUUUCAGUGACGUGGAGUGCAGAGCCCAGGACACCUCCUUCUUUUUUGCCUCCCUCCCAGACCCUAAGCUAUGGUGACUUGGACAGACAUAUUCAGAAGCCCAGGAAUUUCUCCCCCAGGAUGCGUCACUUGGCUGUGGCAGUGGACAAAACUCUGGUACCAGCCUCAGAACAGGAACAGUCUGAGGGACUCCUGUCACCUCUGGCCUCAUCUCUGUGUCCCCUGGAAAUACAGGGACUCAUCAGCGGUCCCCGCUUUCCCUCCCUUCCCGAACACCUCGACUCUGUUCCCAAGCAGCUGGAGUUCCAGAGGCAUGGCUCAGAUCCUGGCUUCACAAGGAGUUAGGGUCAUUGGACCCCAAGAGAAAAGCCACCAUGAGGGAACUGAAAUACUGUGGGGCGAGAGUUAAGCCUCUUGGGGGAGCCAGAUAGCCCUCAGAUGAAACUCUGAAAACCAUUUUCUUAGAGAAAUACAGACUGCUGAGCCAGGUGAGGACAGCCUGAGCGAAGAGGCUCAGGACUUGGCCCAACCCCCUUCAGGUUCCAUAUAAUCUGCAAGCCAGGCAGAGGGCUGCUUCAAACGGUCAGUGAAGAAGGGAGGUUUCUGAUCUUGAGUCUUGCUUGGGGCUGCAUGUGAUCGCCUCCCAGUUCAGUUAUCCUUUGCCUCAAAAGCCCAGAACUAAGGCCAGGGUCGACCAGACCUUUCACCAAAAACUUCUAACAUGGCUGGAGUUGGAGGUAUUUUCUGUGGUUAACCUGAAAGACAGAGCUUCACUCCCCAGCCCCUCUUCCCCUGAGGUCCCUUGGGGACAUGCAGUGUCACACAGCAAAUAAAGUCUUGAACAUUUUA